AAAGGCAAGCGUAGACUAAAAUAACUUCAACUUAAAACUGCUUCAAGCUGUCCUGUAUUAAGAGCUACCUCAUCUGUCCUGACAUUUUGGGAAACACAGGUUCUACACAGUAGGACAUAUUGGAAAAAUGUAAAGCCAAGUAAACUUAAGUUUAAAGUUUAAAACAUAGACACACACAAAAAAAUCUUGGGAAGAUAAGCUACUUCUGUUAAACUUUUUAUCAAACAACUCAGGGUAAAAAUAGCUAUUGGGAGGUCAAGGAGAUCUCCUUGCCUAGAGGAGGGCAGCAGGACUUGAAGGCGGAGUAGCCUAGCCUGGAAACCAUCACUUUGGAGUAAAAAUAACAUAGAAAUAAGGCCUCCCUUAUGGGUUCUCAACAGUUCUGAAUUCUACUGUCACCUUUAGCUCUCUAAAAUACAACAGGCUUCUUCCAAGUAAGGGUGGAGCAAAAGAUACCAAUUCAUGUUCUAGAAAAAGUUUGUAUUCACAAUUAGUGUCUCUCCCAAUGAAUACUGACUGCAAGACAAGGCAGAGCUGGUCUGGACCGCCACCUCCAAGGAAAAGACCUUGGGAAAAGCCAGAGAGCUCUCUGCUAAACACCAUUGUCAGCUAAAAGGGAAAGAAAUCCCUUUUAAGGAAACCAUUUAACUUCAAUAGGCUGUUUUUCUGCCAGGAUUUUCAAUCCCUCUGAACAUAAGCCGAACCACAGACUGCUGCACUUACGUCUGGAUCCUGGCUUUGCUUUUUCCCCACUCCUCAGAGCUUCAGCACCAGUUGUUAGCCAAAAAUAAACACCAUUCCUCAACCAUAUAUGUCCACCAGCCCAGCGCUGGGGAGGAGCAGGAGGUAGGUCAGUCCGUAUCGGUUCCAGCCACACUCACGUGUGGCCGCCGCUCACCAUGCACAUAACUCAGCUCAACCGGGAAUGCCUGCUGCACCUCUUCUCCUUCCUGGACAAAGACAGCAGGAAGAACCUGGCCAGGACCUGCUCUCAGCUCCACGAAGUGUUUGAGGACCCCGCACUCUGGCCCCUACUGCACUUCCGUUCCCUUACUGAACUCAAGAAGGACAACUUCCUGCUGGGCCCAUCGCUGCGGAGCCUUUCCAUCUGCUGGCACUCCAGCCGCGUGCAGGUGUGCAGCGUGGAGGACUGGCUCAAGAGCGCCUUCCAGAGGAGCAUCUGCAGCCGGCACGAGACCCUGGUCAAUGAUUUCCUCCUGCAGGUGUGCGACAGGUGCCCCAACCUGGCGUCCGUCACGCUGUCCGGCUGCGGCCACGUCACCGACGACUGCCUGACGCGCCUGCUGCGCUGCUGCCCGCGCCUGCGCGCGCUACGCCUGGAGAACUGCGCGCGCGUGACCAACCGCACACUGACGGCCGUGGCGGCGCACGGCCGCGCGCUGCAGACGCUGCACGUGGACUUCUGCCGCAACGUGAGCGCGGCCGGCUUGCUGCGUCUGCGCGCCGCGUGCCCGCGCCUGGCCGUGCGCGCCGAGCACAGCGCCGCCAUGCUUCCCGACCAGGCCCCGCGCCCGCGCGCGCCCGCCACCGCCCUCCGCAAACCGCUGCCCCGUUAGGCCUGCCGCGCGGAGAAUGUGAAGCCCAGGGGAGGAAGAGCCGGCCGGGCUGUCAGACCGCCCUGGCUGGGGACUCAGCUUUACCGCCUCAUCUUCAGACCCUGUUCCCCCUCUGCACAGUGGGAAUAAGAAUGCCUACCUCACUUCACAAUUUCAUACAUCGGAUGAACACGAGAUUAAGGGGCCGAUGCUUGGAAAACACCCGCUGGUUCGCAGUAACCGCCACUUCCCCCUGCCGGCACCACCUUCUCCGCGCGCUCACCGCAGCGGCGACAGGCGCCUACACCUUCCUCGUGGACUCAGACCGCCGCAGGCGCCGAGGUCCUGAGCUCGGGGAAGCCGGCUGUGCCCAGCGAGGUCUGCGGCCUUGCCCGAGGGACGCUCGCGGCCGUCGCUCCCCAGGGUGCUGCAGCUGCGGGCGGGAGGAGGGAGACCCCCAAGGCCGUGUCCCGGUGACUGGAGACCACGCCAGCCUGCUCGCUUUUCUUGGGGCACACGAUUCUAGAAAAUUCGCUGCUGUUCUCUCUUAUAAACUGCAUAAUUACACGUAUUUUCUACCAUUUUCAUAUCAAGAAAAAUCAUUUGAAAAAGACCAUAGAUUUAAAAAUAAAGCAGUAGCCUUUCAUAAUGGAACUAUCGUAAACUAAUGUAAAGCUGGAUUUUCACCUGUUGGAUUUGCUGGACACGGGCACACGCCUGUACUUCAGUUUCAAGGGUGUCCUCAAUGUCUUACCUUUAAUAAAGGCUUGCAGCCUUCCAGCACCCUUCUGGUCCCGUAACCUGAGAAAAAGUAGUGAAGAGCAGUGUGGCCUGCGAGGCGGACCCCCCAGCUAACCAAGCCCUACGCCCAUCAGAGGUCAGGUGUUUCUUCUCUGAAAGAGGAUCAUGAUCACUACUCACAGGUUUCUUAAUUCGUUGCCCAAAUAGAGAAACAGGGAAGGAAAAAAGACACGUUCCUGUUCUCAUGGAGCUUACUUUCCGGUGGGGGAAGAGAGAACAAGUAGUUGAGAAAUAGACUGUAUAGUAAGUACCAUGGGAAAAAGUGCAGGCUGUAAGGAAGUUGUGGGGAUUGACGGCAAGAGAUUGCAAUGGGGAAGCCACUGAAAGGGGUUGACAACUGUAAAUCUUACUGAGGUUGACAUCUGAGACGCACGAUGUGAGUCAGGGAGCCAAGCAAACCAUGUCAGAGGAAGAUAUUCCAGGCAGAGGGAACAGCCAGGGCAAAGGUCCCAGAAUAGGAGAGUGGCUGGUGUGUUCGGGAGAGAACCAAGGAGUUUUGUGUGGCUGGACCUGAGUGGUGAGGAGGGGAGCAGAGCAGGAGAUAUCAAACAACUAAGGGAUGGUGGUAGCCAUAAAUGGAUAGAUUAAUGUAAGGAUGAAUGUGAGCUGAAGAUCCCCUCUCCCCAACCUACUUCCAGCUGGAGCCAGAAAUACUUAGGUCAAUGGGUCUCAAGCUGUGGGUCACUACCCCUUUGGGGUCAAACGACCCUUUCACAGGGUCGCCUAAGACCAUCCUACAUAUCAGAUAUUUACAUUACGAUUCAUAACAGUAGCAAAAUUAGUUAUCAAGUAGCAACAAAAAUAAUUUUAUGGUUGGGGGUCACCACAACAUGAGGAACUGUAUUAAAGAGUCGUGACAUUAGGAAGGUUGAAAACCACUGAUCUAGGUAAAGUCCCAGAGGCACUGAAGUAUUUCCAGGCAGAACUUGUAGGCAGGAAAACAGCACCCUGCCUCACCCCACCCUUCUGGGGACUAAUUAUGGGCUCCACUGCUGCCCCAGGCCUCCCUUGGGGCAGUGCUUACCUCAGAAAUAGGGUAACCACCCUGAGCCCUGGCCCAGCAUAAUCCCUUCUAAUCCCCGUGUUGGGGAGCCAGCCCUGUCAUGCCACCAGCUGCAGUGGAGUGGCAGGACCCCAUUACUUAUCUAUGAAACCCAGGCUUCCUUUAGGUGAUAUUUCAGUUUGCACACUACUGCUCUGCACUCUGGAGAGAGGCCUUGCAGGGACUUAGUCUUACUCCCACUAAUGUGAACAAAAUUGAAGGCACAGUCAGGCUUCCAGGGGGUUGAGUGUUUGUCUACCUCAGAGCCAUUUAAGUCCCAGGGCUUUGCUUUCAUCAUCUCUAAUAAGCCUCAUUUCCCAGCAGAUCCUUUGGCCUACAUUGGUGGUUUAGCCUGGGGAACAACAGGAUCUUGGCCUCAGGCUCUAAUGGAUCUGGGUUUUCACCUCCCUCACUUUCUAUUUCUAGCUGUGACCAAGGGCAGAUCAGCCCUCUCCAAACCUCAGUUUCCUAUCUGUAUAUUAGGGAUAGCAAGAGAACCUUGCUUGUAAAGGUCAUGAUUGUGUUUGCAAAACAGAAGUGACUGCAGGUUAAGCUCGAGUGAGGUGACCCACAUUCCCUGGAGGCUACCCCUUUUCCAUGUAAGGUUUUCCUCUAUAAAUGAGAGUUACAUUCCCAGGGUAAUCCCCUGGUGCCUAGUAACUCCCUUACAUCCCAAGACAAUGGUGAUCACAGAACAAAAGCUGUGCUGGCAGCUAUAUCCCAGGCUGUUUCUAGGGCUCUAAAUUGGCUCCCACCCUAGCAAAGGGAGCUUUGGGUCCCUGAUCCAAAGGCCAUUUUAAGCACUCCUAGAAGGUAAGCAGUGAUAGAGACCCACGACUCUCCACUUUGUCUUCUAACAGUUACUGUCCACCCAUCACCAGGGAUGAAUAAAGCGCUUCACAGAACAUGGCAUCCCACUUAAUCUAAAAGACCAUUUUCAAGGCUUUCUCUCAGGUUUGCACAGAACAAGGUACCCUGCAUACUAAAUUAAUCCACCAACUCAUUUAUCUCACAAGCAUUUACUGAGUAUUGGCCAUACCUCAAAGGACUCAGCUCUAGUUGAGAAGACAUACAACUGAGGUUAGGAGUGUUCUUGGGUAAUCUCCCAGCUUUGCUGUGCAGAGCUUCUCACAAGUUAUGACUUCUCUGAGUCUCGGUUUAUUUAUCUGUAAAGUGGGACCAAUACCUUCUCUGUGACACGAUGAGAUCAUGUCUAAAUGUGCAGUGCCUGGAAGGUAAGACUUGGAGGAGAUGUCUUUACAUCCAUGGGGAGCUAGAAAAGCUAAGUGCCUGGUAGAACCCACAAGGCCCAAGCACUGGGAAGAAGCAAGGCAGGUUUUUAUGUGGGUAACACAGGAACUGUUCAUAGCGGGCUGAGCACAACUACCACAGACUCCAACUAUGAGGAGGGUGUUCGUAGCAGGCACAGCUCUUGCCUCAGCAAAGACAAGAGGCAAGAAGCCCAAGGCACAUCUAGGGAAGGGUGAGCUAGGGGCAAUGGGAGGGUGAUUGCAUUCCAGAGCUACCCCCAAAAGGCUUGGGAAUUACCUAUACCCUCAUGGCCUCUGUUAUAUCACAGACGUUUCCCUACUUCUAGAAUGCUAACUCUUUUCUAUCUCAAUUUUGGCCAAUGCAGCCAAUGGUGACGCACGGGGAAAAGUAGAGGGAGGGGCCACACCUCAGAAGUAGGGCAGGACACUGCUGCCUGGCUGGAGGCUGAUCUGUCACCACUAUCAUGUUGGUCUGCAUAGGAGAUAGUGCUAGCGGAAAGAGACCAGGGCCACAGGCCAGGGUCUCCAGACUCCCCCGGGGAGGCAGGCAGCCUGCUGGUGGGAGGUGGUGUUCUGACGCUUGUCUUCCAAGGAUAGCACAAGCUGUCUGAGAGAGAACUGACUGAGUCCUCUUAGCUCCACAUGCACACUGACAGGAAGCUGAUGCUUCUGGUUCUAGCCUAGAUGCAUCUGUGAUCCAGUGCAUUCCUUCUCCUGACCUUGGGUUCUUGGUCUAUGAAAGGAGAGAUCAGCUAACCCUUGAGAGAUCUCCCCUCCUGCUCUAGGAUUCAAUGCCCAAAGUCUGCUUUUGGCUAAAAGCCAAGCUUACCAGUUAUAGGCUUUAUCUGUCUGGCAGUGUUGGGCAAAGGCCACACUAGGAAGAGUAGAACAAAGGCACAUCUUGAAAGGGAUCUGGAGAAAUCUUAAAUUUUAGAGGCUAUGGGUCAAAUCUAAAUUUUAAAGGCUAGAAGUCACAAGACUCCUUAAGGGUCACAAGAACUCCAAGGGUUUGUUAACUGAAUGAGGCCAGCAAACAAAAAAGUCACCCAAGUCUCUAUAGCGGCUGAAAGUGAACCAAUAGAACAUUCCACCAGGCCCAUUUUAGAUCCCCAUGUCAGGGACUCGUGCUUCCGUUUCU